ACCCCACUUUUGUCUUCUUCCAUGGAGUCUUCUCUUCUUCUCCGUUAUCAAUGGUCUGAUCUUCCUUUAGACCUUCUUGAAUUGAUCUCCGACCGCCUUAACGACGGUUCAUCAGACACCGUUGAUCGCCUCUGUCUCCGCUCUGUAUGUGCCACGUGGCGUCGCUCUCUUCCUCUCUCAAACAAAAACACUAAUCCUUUGUGUAAAUUUCCACCUCUCCUCCCUUUCUGGUCAUCUUCAUCCUCUGGCUUCUUCAUUCUGAAACAGAGCAGUGUUUACAAACUCGAAGCUUCACAAAGCUGGUUGGUCAAGCUUCAGGAGACAUCUCCAGGGAAAAUGCGAGUCUUGGAUCUCUUCUCAAACGACAGAAUCUGUUUCAAACCAGAGAACUUCCCGGAAAAAAUCGACCUGCGGGAAUCUCAUGUGAGAUUGGUCCGUAGAUCUUACCGAGUGGAGUACGCAAACAAAGGUGGUGGCGAGAUGUCUUCUUUCUGGUCACUGAGCUCCGACAAAGUGGUGGUUCUAUCUUCAAGGGGACACUCUGCUGUAAUAGCCAUCCACAGUGGUGGAAAGCUAGGGUUCUUGAAAAGCGGAGACGAUGAGAGAUGGAGGAUCUUGGAUAACUCGUGGAACGUGACUUACGAGGACAUAAUGUCCUACGGAGAGAACUGCAUCGUCGUGGACGAUAAGGGUAGAACCGUAAUUUACGAUGUGGAGUUCAAGGUGUCCGAUUUGGCUGAAGGUUUACCCGGAGGAGGGGGUCACAAGAAGCAUCUGGUGGAAUGUCACGGCGGAGAAGUGUUUCUUGUGGACAAAUACGUGAAACACGUGUGGUGCAAGUCGGAGUUUUCGAAGUCUGCGGUGGAGUUUAGAGUGUAUAAGCUGAAGAGAGAAGAGAAGAGAUGGGAAGAAGUGAGAGAACUGGGAGAUGUGGCUCUGUUCAUUGGUGAAGAUUGUUCUUUCUCCGUUGAGAUUAUGGACGGUGAUUUGGCGGGAGGAGGUUGUAUAUUUUAUAGAGAUUAUAGGAAUGGAGGAAGAAGCAGAGGGGUUUACAGUGAUGGUGAUGGCGUUUUCAAUAUGGAGUUAAAAGACGCGGGGAAAUCUUGGGUUUCAUACUAAGCCCAAAUGUUAAAGCCCAUAAUGUGUCUAGGCUUAUUCGAAUAUAAUAGUUGUGGUUGUGGAAGCGGUCAAUAAACUUAGAAUUUCUCCUUGUAUCAAGCA